AUGAAUCCAUUUAAACACAAUGAAGAUGAGGAAGGAUCCUCCUCAGCACAUAGAAACAAGCAAACAAUUCCUCACUUUAACAUUUCAAAACCAACUUUUGUCCAAGAGGAUGAUUAUGUUCAAAACUCACAACAUCAAGAUGUCAACUCUAAACUUUCAACAGCAAAAGAUAUUACCGAAAUAUUAUCCAUAAACAGAUCAAAAUUAAGUUUAAAUGGAUCUUUUGCAAAUGAAAAUUCAACUUUAUCACAUGAUAUUCCAUCCAAUAAUAAAAACCAUACAGAUAUAGCCUCCGUCCUUUCCAAUAAUAAAAGCCAUGCAGAUAUAGCCUCCAUCCUUUCCAAUAAUAUAGAUCUUCAAUCGGCUAGAUUAGUUUCCAAUAUUAAUAAUGAGUAUAGCAAUGAGUUUAUAGAGAUUCAAAAUAAUGUUAAAGAUGCACUUUCACUAAAAAGAUCCAGCUGGCUUAAUUCCUCAAAGGGUGAUUUAAGUUUAGAUGAUUCAGAGGACGAACGAGCAUAUGUUAAGAAUGAUGAGGAUGAGGAAGAGCAGGAAGAAACUAUAUCACCAAAUGCCAAUGCAAAUACUAGAAACUUAUCUUCUCAAGAUAACGAUAAUCUAGAGGUCAUAAGUUUAAAUUCUUACUACGAAAAUAUUGAAUUGAAAAAACUAAACUUGGCUACAAAAGGUAGGGACAAAAAGGAAAAUACACAAAACACAGAAUCAACUGAACAACUUCACUUUUCGGAUGAUGAAGGCAGAAAUGGUCCAGGUGAUAAUAAUAAUGAUGAUGAUGAUGAUGAUGAUGAUGAUGAUAAUAAUAUUAAGUACCCAUUAAUUUUAUAUGGAAAGUCCUUAAGAUUCUUUCACCCAUACAAUAGCCUACGUUUGUUAUGUGCCAGGAUUUUAUUACAUCCAUUUUAUAAAUAUGCUUCUCCCGGGCUUUUAUUAACCUACGCUAUUAUUUUAGGAUAUAGAUAUAACAACCCGGUCGAAAAUAAUGCAUUGUUUAAUUAUGGGUCCAAUUGGGCUGAUAUUGUUGCCAUAUAUUUUAAUGCUAUAUUUUCCAUAGAAAUAAUCCUAAAAUGUAUUGCUUUUGGUCUGUGGGAUGAUUCCGAAUUGCUUGAGGCUUAUGGAAAGCCCUACAAGGGUGUAGCUCAGCUUUUUGGGCUAUAUAAAUUAAAAAACUUUCUAGAAAGUAAUUAUGGUCAUCGUAUAGUCAAUUUUAUACUUCCAUUUAAACUCAAGCCUAUUAAAUAUGACUUUUUUUUAAAAAGGAGUAAAGUUACAUUUUCUGGAAAUAAUAAUUUGCACAAGUUACUUCCGACUGAAUUCCAAAUACCAAGAGCUUUUUUGAGGUCUAGUUGGAACAGAAUUGACCUACUAUCCACCAUAUUUUACUGGAUUAGUCUAUUUUUUGCCAUUAAUAAUUUUGACUUUAUAUAUGGUGUAAGAAUUUUCAAAGCUUUGGGUGCAUUGAGAAUAAUGAAAUUAACUGAUAUUGAUAGUGGGUUUGCAUCCGUACUAAAGAGCCUAAAAUACGGGUUUCCUCAGUUGUUGAAAGUUGGAUUUAUGCUUUUAUAUUUUUGGGUGUUUUUUGCUGUUUUAGGUGUGCAAAGUUUUAGAGGAUCUUUUAGAAGACAAUGUGUUUGGAUAAAUCCUGACAAUCCAAAUGACACCUAUCUAAAUGAGUUUCAAUUCUGCGGUGGAUAUCUUGAAGCCAAUACUAACAAAAAACUGCCAUAUGAAUAUGAGGAUGGAACUAAGGGACCCUAUUCUAAAGGCUAUUUGUGCCCUGCAAAUUCAAAAUGUAUUUCCUCUAACAAUCCAUACAAUGGUCGUGUUAGUUUUGACAAUAUUCUAAAUUCAAUGGAACUAAUUUUUGUCAUUAUAAGUGCCAACACUUUUACUGAUUUGAUGUAUUAUACCAUGGAUAGUGAUAAUAUGGCUGCUUCCAUAUUUUUCAUUGCUUCUGUUUUCAUCUUGACUAUCUGGAUGGCCAAUUUGUUAAUUGCAGUUUUAGUGGAAUCAUUCCAUUUAUCCAAUGAUAUCCAAAAAAAGAAAAAAAAGCGACCCAAUCCAAAAGAGGGAUUUUGGCCAAUUAGGAUUUCCAAGUACAUUAUAAAUUUCUUCAAGAAAAUGGCAUCGAGAAGAAAAAUGCCGCAAUUUAUGUGGAAAUGUGUUAAACUUUACGGAAAGAUUGAAUUUAUUUUCAUUAUAGCUAUUGUUGUGGAUUUAGUCGCAGGAACAACUUUAAAAAGUCACUCAACUCCAGAACAUGUUCAUAAGUUGUAUGUUAUAAGUGAAGUUGUAGCCAGUUUGUUACUUGCUGAAUCGAUUAUUAGAAUAUUCAUAUACUCAUUUAAUUUUUGGCUAUUUUUAGCCAAACCUCUCUAUGUUUACGAUUUAUGCAUUGCCCUUAUUACAUUUGUGAUCAACAUUCCAAGUGUGCGCGUAGCAUUGGGUCAAAAUUAUAAUUGGCUAUAUGCCUUUCAAGUUAGUAGGAUAUACCGACUUAUUUUAGCUGUUAGUUUUACUAGAGAUUUAUGGAUGUCUGUGCUUAAGAAUUUUGAGUUUAUUUGGGAUUUAGUUGCGUUUUAUUUCGUUUUUUUGAUUCUAGCGUCUAUUAUCAUAAGUAUUUAUUUUGAAGGGGUUAUCCCAAUUUCCGAUGAAGAUGAUAAUCAACUUGGCAUGUUUUCUUUGUCAAACAGUUUUAUAAGCUUAUAUGCAAUAUCAUCAACGGAAAAUUGGACUGAUAUUUUAUAUGCUUUGCAACAAUACUCGCCCACUAAGUUUGCGGCAUUUUGUGGUUCAGCAAUGUUGAUUUUAUGGUUUAUUCUUUCCUACAACGUGGUUUUGAAUAUUUUCAUUGCUUUAAUCGCUGAGAGUUUCGAUGUUGAGGAGAAGGAUAAAAAAAAAUUACAAGUUAAACACUACAUUAAACAUAUUUAUCCGGAAAAAAUAAAAAAUUUUACAAAUGUUCCCCUUUUGACCAGGAUUAAAAGAAAGCUUUUUUCUAAAUCAACCUAUGAAAAUCCAAAGGAUUUUCAACAGUUUUUAUUACGUGGUACGGCCAUUAUGAGUAUUGCUAAGGAUAUUGAAGAGUUUUCCAGUGACCCUAAAGACCACGCUAGUUCUUCCUUGUGGCAUAUGCUAAUUAUGUACAAAAACAAAAUAUUAGAACGCACAAUGGCAAAUACGAUAUUUCAUGAAAACCCAUUUUCAAAAAAUACAGAAAUUGUUGUGACACAAUCAGAUUCUGUGGAUUCUACAAAUGGAAAAAAUAUUGUACUUAGAUUGAAUGACCAUGAAGAUGAAAAAAUUUCGUAUUUGUUGGAACAUCCCACUUAUAAUAGCACCUAUUUUUUCUUUCUACCAAACCAUCGGCUCAGGAGGUUUUGUCAGAGACUUGUACCUUCUAGUUUAGGUAACAGAUUUGAUGGAACUAAAUUUAUCAUUGACGAAACUAACAAAGUGGAUCGCAACAGAUUUUUUUUCCAUUGGGAGCGUGAUGUUUUCACUGGAUUUACCCUUAUUGUUACUAUUGCCAUGGUGGUUACUACCUGUUAUUUUACUCCACUAAAUAGAGCAACAUACAAUGACGAGUGGAAUUGGUUUAUUCCACUGGAUGGGUUUUUUGUUGGUGUUUUUACUUUAGAGUUUGUAAUAAAAACAAUAGCUGAUGGUGUUUUGCUCUGUCCCAAUGCAUAUUUGAAAAACUCUUGGAAUCGUAUAGAUUUUGUCGUCUUGGUUUCUAUGUGGAUAAAUUUUAUUGCGUUAUCGUUAAACAAUGGUUACUUAUCGAGAGCUAUCAGAGGGUUGACAGCGCUUAGAGUGUUAAGAUGCAUCACUAUUAGCGAAACUGCACGGAGUACGUUUAAUUCUGUUCUACUUGAUGGUGUGGCUGAGAUUGCAAGUGCAUGUGCCAUUGCAAUGACUUUAUUGUUUCCAUUUGCGGUGUGGGGCAUCCACUUACUACGAGGAAGAUUGGGCGUAUGCAAUGACAAUAGUUUAGGUUUAGCUUCGUGCUAUAAUGAGUUCAGCAGUACGGUUUAUAAUUGGGAUAUUUUGAUGCCAAGGGUAUAUCAAGAACCACCUUUACAAUUUAAUUCUUUUUCCAAGGCAUUUAAGUCUUUAUUUGAAAUUGUAUCUUUAGAAGGCUGGGUAGAUUUACUAGAGAAUGCUAUGAACAGUAGUGGGGUAGGGUCACCCACCGCAACUUUUGCUACACCUGAAAAUGGGAUUUUUGUGAUUUUGUUUAACUUUGUUAGUAUUGUUUUCAUUUUAACCUUUUUUGUGUCUUUGAUUAUUACACACCAUAGUAAAUCAACGGGGACUGCAUUUUACACCAUUAAAGAAAAAUCAUGGUUGGAGGUUUCUAAAUUGUUGUCGCAGCUGGUUUCUACUGCAGUUGCAAGUUUGCCAUCAAUUGCAUCAUUGACGUAUACAUGUUUUGGAGAAGGUUGGAAUUACAUAAUGAACGAUUUGACCGUUGAGCAGCCCUUUUGUUACACUGAUGACACGACCGGAGAAACUGAUUGUGGAAACUCGGGCUAUGCACUAACCUUGAUGAUGUCUUGGAACAUUAUUUCGAUGUACAUAUUUCUUAAUAUGUUUAUAUCAUUGAUUGUGCAAAAUUUUUCUUAUGUGUAUCAGACGAGUGCUACAAAAUCAGUAGUUAAUAGGCAUGAAAUCUCGAAAUUUAAGAAAGCUUGGAAGGAGAUUGAUCCAGAUGGAGUAGGCUACAUCCCUUAUCAAAAACUACCUUCUUUGAUGCGUUCCUUUGAUGGUCCUUUAUCCUUUAAGUUAUGGGAAGGAAGAUUAACUAUUAAUAAUUUAGUUACAAAUUACAUGAAAAUUGAUCCAAAUGAUCCAUAUAAUGUCCAAGUUGAUUUACUUGGAUUGAAUAGAGAAUUGGAGAAUGUAGACCUAGUUAAAGUUACAAGGAGAAAUUUAAAUUAUAGAAGGUUUAUUCAAGAGGUUUAUGAAACACAUUCAGAAUAUGGUGCCGUUAAGAUGUCUAAAUUACUACAACAAUUACCGUUAUACACGUGCUAUGAUGCCCAACAGUGUUUGGUUAUUGAUGAGUAUGUAAAAUGGACUUAUACAAGAGACAUUGUUGAUAAAAUUAUUACAAACCAUAGGGCAUUAGAUGUCUUGGACAUGAUUAUCACUCGAUACAAAUAUAAAAAAUAUUUGAAGGAUUUAAAAAAGGAAAACGAAAAUAAUACUAAUGAAAAUAUUAAUCCUAACGAAUCUUUUCAAAGAGAAGGUUCUUACAGUUCAUUAAAUCCUUUCCAACCCAAAAUAAACGCAACUGAGUAUAUGAACCCUUUUGAAGAUCCUUCCAGAUCAAAUAGCAUGGUGUCUACGCCAGUUAAUGUCCAAUUUGAUACAUACGUAUGGUCACCUGUAGAGCCUGAUAGGCAUUGGAAGAGGAAAACAAACAUUAGGACUUCAAGUGAUAUUGAUGACGAUCCAAAAAAUCCUUUUGCAUGA